AUGGACAUUAGCGAGUCCUUUCGACCGGAGGACUUAUCGAAAACAGACUUUUUUGACUUUGUGACGGCAGCGGCGAGCGGCAACAAUAACGGGCAAUCCGACAUGGGCACGGGAAACACAACUGGCAACGAACCAAAUACAGGGAAUGAUCAACCGUUGCAGGGUUUCGAUCAGUUUUGGGGUCCCGACAAAGAUACGACAGGUCGCUUGGAGCAAAACAUGUUUGACGAUCUCAAUCGUUAUGUUGGAUGGAAUCAGCCGUCGACACCAACUUCAAACAGCAUUUCAAAUCCACCGUCUAUCAAUAAUACCGAUGGACAAAUUUACACGAUAACAGUAUUAAACAACUCGACCGAGCCAUGGUUGCGCAAAGACGCGAUGGAAGCCACGACGGGUCCCUCGCUAGACAUCGACUCGAUACUUGGCUUCCCCAACUACAUCAAGCAGGAAUCCUUCAACUACGAGGACAGCGGAUUUGCCACAGACAGCAAGGAUAAUCUCAUCAGUCCGACCCAAUUGACGCCGCCCCAAUCGAAUGGCGGAGCGCAACAAGUGCAAUCCACGACAAACGCAAAUCUCAUAAUGGGCAACGGAACAAACGGCAGAAAUCAUGUCGCGCCACGACAGGUCAUUGCAUUUCAAAAUAACAAUAAUGACUGGCAGAUGAACGAUCACAACGGCGAUCAGAGUGCGGCUGACUCAUUACUUCGUAACGCUUUACAGGGAAAAGUCUACUCAAAAGGCAUGCAUUUACCAAAUGGAGUUGCCAUUCUGCCGAACGUCAAGUCGGAAAAUGAGCUGGGACACGUUUUGUUUCCGAGUGAUCAUGACAUGGUUUACGCUGACUCAACUUUGGCUCCGGCAAUUUUCGAGGAACACUCCAUGGGCUCGCCAGGAUCUCAACAGCAAUCCGUCCAAUCAACCACCACGGGCAACGUGAGUGUCGACGAGAUGUUCCUCAACUCACUGGACCCCUUUUCGGACGACUACGAGAAAAUCAAGCGAAUUGCCACGGAGGUCCAUCAAUUCUGCACCGACAACAACAAUUACGGCGAAGUGAUUGUCGAAGCAGCAGCUGCCAUCAAUAAUAGUAGUAGUUCUAACAAUAACAACCAAACAUCAUCAAUUGUAUCGACAACGACAACGAGCAGUAACAGCUCGCUCACAACAAAUCAAUCACUGAUCCACUCGACAUCGGUAUCCGAUGUGGUAACCACAACAAAUCCGACAACGAUACGAACGAAAACCACAAAGAAAUACAAAAGAGCAUCCAGCAAUAAUAACAACAAUACUACCAUAAAUAAUUUGAAUAAUAACAUAAGUAAUAACAAUAACAACAGUACUACGAGUCCGACGCAUCUCAAUGGACAAAGAAAAGAACGUUCCUUACACUACUGUUCCAUCUGUUCGAAGGGCUUCAAAGACAAGUAUUCCGUGAAUGUCCAUAUUCGGACGCACACUGGCGAAAAACCCUUCGCGUGCUCCCUUUGCGGCAAGAGUUUCCGCCAAAAAGCCCACUUGGCGAAGCACUAUCAGACGCAUAUCGCGCAGAAGAACGGCAAUGGCCAAGUCAAAGGCAGCAAAAAUAAUCACAACAACAACAAUAACAAUUCCAACAGUACAAACAACCACGCAGCUCCAGUGUUGUCGCAACAAUCGCCCAAUAAUUUACAACCACUGCCGCCCCCGCAAUCCAUCAACCCCAUCCAGAUACAAGUGACGCACCAACAUACGCCUCUCGUGAUAACAACGCCUGGUCAGAGCACCGUCGUUGCGAUCCGGUAA